CGGGGGCCGAGCCCCGCCAUGCCGCCCGGCAAGGUGCUGCAGCCGGUGCUGAAGAUGAAGGUGGACGAGCUGUUCCUGCGCUGGCUCAGCGAGUCGGGCACGCAGCUCAUGCUGCAGGAGUGCCUGCGCAGCAUCCGGGCGCCCGCCCCGCCGGCCCCCGCCGCCAGGCCCGACCGCCCCGGCGCUCCCGGCCCGGCCCCCGCCGCGCCCCCGGGCGGCGCCCCCGCCAGCCCCCGGAGCGGGCCCCAGGCGCGGGCCGCGCGCAGAUCGGCGGGGACGCGCGUGGUGCAGACGAAGAAGGAGGAGCCCCUGCCCCCUGCUGCGAGCCAAAGCAUUCCGACCUUCUACUUCCCCCGCGGGCGCCCCAAGGACACGCCCAACGUGGACGCCGUCAUCGCCAGGAUCGAGAGGGCCUUCGCCCAGUUCCCGCACGAGAGGGCCACCAUGGAGACCAUGGGCCUCGUGGCCAAGGCCUGCGGCUGCCCCCUCUACUGGAAGGCACCCCUGUUCUGCGGCGCCGGCGGGGAGCGCACGGGCUCCGUGUCCGUCCACAAGUUCGUCGCCAUGUGGAGAAAAGUCCUGCACAGCUGCCACGACGACGCCGCCAAGUUCGUGCAUCUGCUCAUGAACCCCGGCUGCAACUACCUGGUGCAGGAGGACUUCGUCCCCUUCCUGCAGGACGUGGUCAACACGCACCCCGGCCUGUCCUUCCUCAAGGAGGCGUCCGAGUUCCACUCGCGCUACAUCACCACCGUCAUCCAGAGGAUCUUCUACACGGUCAACAGGUCCUGGUCGGGGAGGAUCACCUGCGCGGAGCUCAGGAGGAGCAGCUUCCUGCAGAACGUGGCCCUCCUGGAGGAGGAGGCGGACAUCAACCAGCUGACUGAGUACUUCUCCUACGAGCACUUCUACGUCAUCUACUGCAAGUUCUGGGAGCUGGACACGGACCACGACCUGCUCAUCGACGCGCAGGACCUGGCGCGACACAACGACCAUGCCAUUUCUGCCAAGAUGAUCGACAGGAUCUUCUCGGGGGCGGUGACACGAGGCAGAAAAGUACAGAAAGAAGGGAAAAUAAGCUACGCCGACUUUGUCUGGUUCUUGAUCUCGGAAGAAGACAAAAAAACCCCGACCAGCAUCGAGUACUGGUUCCGCUGCAUGGACCUGGACGGGGACGGGGCGCUGUCCAUGUUCGAGCUGGAAUACUUCUACGAGGAGCAGUGCCGCCGGCUGGACAGCAUGGCCAUCGAGGCCCUGCCCUUCCAGGACUGCCUGUGCCAGAUGCUCGACCUGGUCAAGCCGCGCAGCGAAGGGAAGAUCACGCUGCACGACCUGAAGCGCUGCAAACUCGCCAACGUCUUCUUCGACACGUUCUUCAACAUCGAGAAGUACCUGGACCACGAGCAGAAAGAGCAGGUCUCCCUGCUCAGGGAGAGUGACAGCGACGGCCCGGAGCUCUCGGACUGGGAGAAGUACGCGGCGGAGGAGUACGACAUCCUGGUGGCCGAGGAGGCCGCGGGGGAGCCCUGGGACGACGGGUACGAGGCGGAGCUGAGCCCCGUGGAGCAGAAGCUGAGCGCGCUGCGCACCCCCCUGGCCCAGAGGCCCUUCUUCGAGGCGCCCUCGGCCCUGGGCGCCGUGGAGCUGUACGAGUUCGCCUGCACCGACGAGGACCUGCCGCCACUGUGACGCCCGCCGGCCAGUGUCCAUCCACAUGGCCCGCCGGACACGGUGGCUUCCGUGUAAAAACAAACUGUUGAGUUGUUGAACUGUCUUUUGUGGCAGAUGACGUGCGUUUGUAUGGAAUGAUAAAUUUUUAUUUAUUCACGGAA